AGGAACAGCACAAACAAUAUGAUGCUCUUCAAAACCAGGAUGAGAGCCAGGAACAAAUAGCUGUUAGCCAAAAAAUAGCAAUAUACAUGGCUAAUAAAGUGUCUGUCACAAUAUGGAAAGGAGAUUUAUGUGCCUUCAAAGUGGAUGCAAUUGUGAAUGCAGCUAAUGAAAGUCUCUCUCACAUGGGUGGACUUGCAAAGGCACUGUCUGCUACUGGAGGACGUACUAUCCAAGCAGAGAGUGAUGUCUUCAUUGCCAAAAAUGGCAAAUUAAAGGCAGGACAAGUUGCAGUUACCACAGCAGGCAAACUACCUUGCAUGAAGCUGAUUCAUUUGGUAGGCCCGUGUCUGCAGAAUGACCCCACAGUGCACAUGAUAUCGCAUGCAAAGAAACUUCUAACUAAAGGUAUUUUGAAUGUCAUGACAUGUGCAGAAGAGCACAAAUUUUCAUCUGUUGCCAUUCCAGCAGUGAGCUCUGGAAUAUUCAACUUUCCAGUCUCAAUUUGUGCUGAUGUUGUAGUCACCACAAUCAAAAAGUACAUUGAACAUAAGAACCCCACAAGUCCUCCAUUUGAAAUACACCUGGUAAACAACGAUGAUCCAGCCGUGAAGGAAAUGGAAAGGGCCUUCAAAGAGAUUCCUUUGGAGCCACUCUCUGAUGUCAUGAGGACAGGGCCAGAGGAUUCUCCAUCUACACUGGAAAGGACAGAGCACCUUGAGAGAAACACAGCCGGUCUAACAAAGGACACUGCAUCACAGGUCGCAUAUUUGUGGAAACAACAGGAAGCGGAAGUUGUUGUUUCUGUGGUCCCAUCUCAGAUUAGAGGUAACAACUUUGUCAUACGUCACAGUGCGUUCCUGACCCUUAGACCACACAGCUGGCUUGUUGGAGAGGUAUGUAAUCCAGGUAUUAACCCCCCCGCCCAAAAAGUGCUGGAUAAGGUCAUUGAAAGUCUCCUGCACCACUGGGCCAUUCGGCUGAAUCUGGGGAAUAAUAUCUACAUUAUGAACCACUACACGAGCGGUGUGAUCCUCUAUGGAGAGAGAGAGAACUAA